GAUAUAGGGGUGGAUGCCACACAGUAUAACUGCAGACUCAGCUGGUGCAGUUGACUCCAGUCCUUCAUUUCUCCCUACAGGAAUUUUACUAACACAAGAUGAAGCUGACAUUAGUUCUCAUCCUUGCACUCCAAGUGUCGGUGUGUGUGUGGGCAGAACCUAUUCCAGAGCCGGACAAGGAGUUAGUGGAGAAAUAUGAGGGGCUGAAAGCCGUUUUCUUCAAAAGGCUUGUCAACGCCUACAGUAAGUUCACAGCUGCUGUCGAACCACUGAUGGAGAGCUCACCAGCAGGACAAACAGCCAAAGAGACCCUGGAGGAAAUCAGGAAACGCCCAAGAGUGGAAAGCAUCAUCAAGAUCCUCACCGGUUUGGCCUCAGAGCUGGAGCCUGUUGUGGAUAAAGCUCGCAUGAGUCUUCUUGGUGCUUAUGGCUACUAUCUGCGCCCCUACAUUGGUGAAACCCUGGACAAAGCCAUCAGCAACAUCAAGCCAGUCCUGGAUACCGUCAUGCCUGCUGAGAAUUAGUUAUUCUUAUUAUAAGUUAUAAGAAAGAUCUUAUUUUAUAUAUGCAGAUAAUAUGUAUUAAACAUGCAUUACAUCAUGCAUUUUCACAGCUUCAAUAAUUGGAUCCAAUUCUGAAUGAAACUGCAAGACAGGUAGCUGCGUGUCCAGCCCAGCUAUUAUGUGAAUGCAGUUUUUGAGUGUAUAUACUGUAUCUGUGCAUUUGAUACUGUUCUGUUCAUUGCAAGAAAGAAUAGCAUCCAGUCCAGCAUUAAUAGAGUUAUGAGUAUUGUGUGAUUUU